AGCACGAGGAACACCAAAUCAUUGAAAUUACCCUAAUCGUGGGUAUUUCAACUAUAAACUAUUGUCAUGGACACAGAUCUCUACCAGGGACACUCUAUUUUCCGGGAUCAACCAUCCUUUAAGUUUUAUAACAAAUCUUUUGAGGAUAAAAACGAUUCAUUUUUCGUAUUCCUAAACGAGGUAGACCCGGUGGUGCUUCGAGAGGAACUAGAAGGACCUUCUAGAAUCUUCACAUCCUUUGCAACUAACUUGGCUUUAAAGGAUCCGCGUACCAAGGAAAUUCCUCAGAAAGUGGUGUACGAUCAUACAAGUACAAAACUCGGAUACGAGUUCUAUAAUCCCCAACAGCGUUACUCCGACUUGACACCGGACCAACAGGCGGCCUGUGUUCGGGCGCUCCUUUCACUGCAGCGAGGGGAACCCACCACGGAUGAUGAUUUUGAGAAAUGGAACGCCACGGAGGGGAAACGCUGCACCGAGCGCCAGCAAGUCCAGAAGCACUUUCACGAUUAUGAACUUUCCAAAAGGGAAGUCAUUUAUGUGCCAAUGAAACGACUGGUCACUGCCUACAGGAAGUGGUAUGAUAAAAAGGUUGAUGCUAUUUUAAAAAAUUAUCCUGAUAAAUCAUAUACAACAUUUUCCGGACUGCCACAACUUUCUCAGUGCAAGAGCCUCAACGGCGAAACUGCCAGCAUAGAGGAAAUAGAGCUGGAGCGUGUUAAAGGUCGGGUGAGGCUGUGGCCAGAAGUUAAAAUUAAAGAGGAAGUGUUUCGGACACUUAAUGUGCGCCUGGAUCGGUAUUCGGGCACUAAAACUGAAGAUUUUCGUAAUCUUUUGAAGGAAGAUGAAAAAAAGACUGAGCUGCAAGCUAGAAACAUAUUUGUUUUGCCCUUGGAGACGUUGCUAAUGCUCUUGACCGGCAGUUCUUACGUGGAUUUGCCUACGGAAAUGUUCUUUGACAUAAAGGAAUCAUCUUACAGUGGACACAAAUGCGUGGAGUUUCAGAAUCCCUUUCCUGCCCGCAACUGUGGCUGGCAUACAAACAACUUGGUUCUAAAUCAGGCUUUCGAAGCUUACUCAUCGCAGCCAGGAGAAGCGAAGUGGUUGGAUUACAAAUCAAAAGGCAUUAGAAACGAUGUGCCAUACCCACUUAUAAGCGAAACAUCCUCGCUCAACCUUAAUAUGAGCUAUGACCCACCAUUGAUUGAUGAAGAUUCAUCUGGAAUUCCAGAUAGACAUAGCAAUGCCGCCCUUGUAAGUUGGAUCCUGAAGUGUCAAGAUCAGAAUUUCCAAAUGUUUAGCACCUUAUCCAUACCAGCAGUAAGGGAUGGAGAUGGAAAAAAGUUUCUCGGCUGCCACUUCAUUAAACUGGAGAACAAGCCAGACUGUGGCUGCGAAUUCAUGACCAAAUAUGAGCUCCUCAAAGCCUGGUUGCAAAUCAAACUCUUGCAGGCCGAGGUGGGCCAUUGCACACGGGUAUCCUUGCAAGACUUUAGUCCGGUUUUAGAGGAGAACCUUACCUUGGAAUAUGUGGAACAACAGCUGUCCGAUUACUACAAUACUAGCAUGCCGCAAUUACUUUCCAAUCUCUUCGAGUUUCUCAAAAUAUUUCACACCGUGCCAGUGGGAGAGUACAUGCUGCGUUAUUCUCCCAAAUACAAGGAUAGGUUGCUGCUUUGUACCAGCACCAAGGAGGCUACGCCACAGUCCUUUCAGUUGCAUCAAGUUUUAAGGGAAAUCGUCCCCAGCGAUCAAAACUUUUUAGCCCAAAGCAGUUAUCUUCCCAUUUCGGCCAGGCUCUGUGGUCGAAUGCACAAGGAAUUGCAAUUGGUGCCCUGCUCAUUUCCUUCCAAACCUAAGGGGAAGUUUGUGAAACGAAAAGAUCUCCCAAUCGUACUCAAGAAAGAUCCUCCCCGAAUAAUACCUAAAAAGUCUCCUAAGAAACGCCACCAAAACAAAACCAAACAGAAGGCUCGAGCGAAAGCCCGAAAGAAGGAAGCCAUGGAGGCUAUAAUAAUGGAUAAUAAGGAGUUGGAUAAGAUUAUGGUCCUGUGAGAGAGAAGUCCCGACUA